AGGCAGGCAGGCAGGCAGGCAUAUGCCCUGCAACCCCUCUGAAACCCCUCCUUUGUCUCCAACCUUUUGUUUCUUCCUGUUCUCUCCCCCCACUCUCUGCUCUCCUACGCAGCAGCAUUCAACACUCCUCCGUACUCCUCUCCCUCCUUGGUUGGGUAGCUGCUACCUGUGACUGUGACUGUGAGAGCUGCUGAGGUGUUUAGUUGGAGCGGUAUAUAAGCUGGCCCUCAUGGUCGACCACGGGCAGGCAAAGCACACGAUCUUUUGUUGUGUCGGCUGGUGUUUCCGCUAAGAUAAUCUAAGCUCCAAGCUUAGCAGGCCAGAUCGACGACCAUGGCGCCUAGAACAGCCAGCAGGGAAGGGAACUCCGGCGGCGGCGGGGUGAGGCAGUACAACCGGUCCAAGGUGCCGCGCCUCCGGUGGACGAGCGCCCUGCACCGCUGCUUCGUCCACGCCAUCCACAGCCUCGGAGGCCACGACAGGGCGACGCCGAAGCGGGUGCUGCAGGUGAUGGGGGUUGGAGGGCUCACCAUUUCGCAUGUCAAAAGCCAUCUGCAGAUGUACAGGAACAUGAGGAAUGAUCUUGGAAUGCAAGGGAUGCAGCAAGCAGUGCAACAGUCGGGCCAGAAGGAGCACGAACACCCAACAGGAGGAGGCAUAGAAGUCUGCACCGAUGAUGAUGAUGAGGAGUGCCAUGUCCCCGGCUUCGACUCGCCAAAGCCUAGAAAGGGGUCGACGACGCUGCCGCUCCACCCGCAACUAAAAAGGAGGGCAGGGGCAUCUGAGACGGGGACAAGGGAGGAGGCGAGCGCGAGCCCCACGAGCCUGUUGAGAGUGCAAAGAGGAGGAGGAAUAUGCGUGGGUAGGGGCAUGGCGUCGCCGUCCAGCCACGCACCGGCGGCAGUAGGUGGCCACUACUACGUGCGUAUGGAUAUGAUGCAGGCGCAUGCCGUGCUUCAAGCGCCACCCAUGGCCGCGGCUCGCUUGGGGGAGCCCCGCCCUUCGAUGCCGCUUGGAAUAAAGCAGAAGCAGAAGCAGCGGCGAGAGCCCUGGAUGCCUACAGCAAGGUUGCACCGCGGCGGCGAUGGCGAACUCGCCGCCUCCACGCUCAAAUUCUUGGGGUUCCUGGUGGCUCCGGGGCGUCAUCCUCCCCGUGCCCGUGCUGCCUGCUGCGAUGGCUACCCUAUUGAGGUCGGCACGCCUCCUAACCGCCCCGCCGCAUACAUGGCCAGCCACACCGACGGUGUCCGUCCGUGCAGACUCGAGCCGCCAGGCAACGUCGUCGACGCCGGAGUCACGAAUCUGACUCUGGCCAGCGAACGCGACGGUGGCUGCUCGCUGUCGCUGUCGCUAGCGCUGGCCCUGUGCCCGGCCGGGGGCGGCGGCGCCGAGAGCAGCCUGCUCUCGUCGUCGACAGCGUCGUCGUUGUCUUCGUCGGGGAGUCGGAUCAGUCUCGACCUGUCGCUGUCCACGCUCGACUCGUAGAUACCGGCCCACUGGUUCACAUGGGCCCUUAUGGACUGUCCUGACAGAUUUGCCAAAUUUCGGUUCAGCUUUUGGCCUAGCAUCUGGGUGGUCUUGGUUUCAGAGAUAUGGAAUUAUUUAAUUUGGCUCUCUUGGCACGACAGGCCUGGAGAAUACUUCAGGAACCUCACACUUUGAGUGCGAGAAUACUCAAGGCUGCUUAUUUUCCUGAUUGCACAAUUCUUGAGGCAGAAAUUGGUUCAAGUCCCUCUCAAAUUUGGCGGUCCAUUAAGGAAGGGUGUGACCUUUUGAAACAGGGAAUUAUACGACGUAUUGGCAAUGACCAGAGUACGGACAUAUGGGCUGAUAAUUGGAUCCCAAAAGAAACAAUACCAAGACCUAUAACAUCUCUAGUGCCGAACCCCCCAAGGCUGGUGGCGGAGCUCUUGUCUCCUGCUACAGCGUCGUGGAACGAGGCAUUUGUAAGGUCGAUCUUCAUACCAAUGGAUGCUAAUGCGAUUAUGAAAAUACCCACAUGCACACGCAAUGUUGAAGAUUUUUGGGCCUGGUAUCCGGACAAAAAGGGUAAGUUUUCGGUUAGCUCGGCUUACAAAUUUAUUUUGAAAACCAAGUUGCAGAGGGAGGAAUGGCUGGAAGGCAGGGGCGGAUCAUCGAAUCAACAAGAUGAGAAAUCCCGGGUUGCUUUAUGGAAACUGAAAAUCCCUUCAAAAAUCAGAAUAUUCCUGUGGAGACUUGCCCAUCAUUCUCUACCCACGACAGAUACUCUCAAGAAGCGAAACAUGGCUGUACAAGACACUUGCCCCUUGUGCGGUUGCACUGACUCAUGGAGACACGCUCUUGUCUCCUGCACCAUGUCCAGAUGUGUAUGGGCACUACCAGAUGAUGAUACGGUUGCGCGCAUGACGAAUAAUUUGGAGCCCAAUGCGAGGCUCUGGCUUUUUGAGCUCUAUGAUGCUAUGGACCAUGCGGCAUUCGUUAAAUUGGUUGUGACGCUCUGGUCUAUUUGGUAUGCUAGGCGCAAGGCAGUCUACGAGGCCAUAUUUCAGAGUCCGCAGCAUACUGUUUCUUUCAUAAAUAACUUCAUUGUGGAACUUGGGCAAAUGCAAACCAGAGACGAAGGAAGAAGAACCCCGGGCGCGCCUUCUGUACACGCGAAUAAGUGGCUGCCUCCACCGACUGGUACUGUCAAGGUGAACGUGGAUGGGGCAGUAACUAGAGCACGCCAUGGAGGAGCGGUUGCAGCAGUAUGCAGAGAUGCGACAGGCCUAUAUCUCGGAUCUUCAGCUAUCGUUUUCCAUGGUAUAGAUGACCCCGGGGUCUUGGAGACCUAUGCGUGUCGGGAAGCCUUAUCUUUGGCGGAUGAUCUCGCAGUACAGUCUAUUUGCGUCGCCUCAGAUUGCCAGGGAGUCGUGUCUGAUAUUGAGAAAGGAACCGGAGGCACAAGUGCUGCUAUAGUGCAUGAAAUAAAAAUUCAUUGUAAUAGUUUUACUUCUUGUUUAUUCAUUCAUGAGCGUAGGAAUCAUAAUUAUGAGGCUCAUAAUCUCGCCAAGUUUGCUUGUAAUCUAGAAAUAGGUAGACAUGUUUGAUUGGGUACUUCUCAUGACCCAAACCGUGUACCUAUGAUA